CAAUUCAACAUUCCCGCCAUGUCCACUUUCUCUCCUUAAAACCUCCAAAAUGCGACCCGAAAUCCCCGAUUCCCUUUCAUUCCCCAACCCGAAAUCAAAUGGAUCUUUCCGACAUUGCCCGAAAGCUCGGUCUAUCUGAAACCAAGCACAUUGUACGUAAAGCCGCCGAGCUCCGUCGUCUCGCUGAUGUCCAAUUCGAUUCCUCCGUCAUCGGCGUCGGCGAGAUAUGCAAGGCUAUAAUUUGCCUAGAGAUUGCUGCUUCUAGGAUGGACAUGGUGUUUGAUCGUCAGGCAGCAAUAAAAUUGAGUGGGAUGUCUGAGAAGGCUUAUAACAGAUCGUUCAUUUCAAUGCAGAAUGGUAUUGGAGUGAAAAACAAGCUUGAUAUUAGAGAACUGGGAAUUCAGUUUGGGUGUGUCAGACUCAUUCCUUUUGUUCGUAAAGGUCUAUCAUUGUACAAGGAUCGGUUUCUUGCAUCCUUGCCACCUUCUCGAAGGUCAAGUGCUGAUUUCACUCGACCUGUGUUUACUGCUGGUGCAUUCUAUCUGUGCGCAAAAAGGCACAAGCUCAAGGUUGACAAAAUGAAGUUAAUUGAGCUUUGUGGCACAUCAGAAUCUGAAUUUGCUAGUGUUUCUACCUCGAUGAGCGAUCUUUGUUUUGAUGUUUUUGGUAUAUCAAAGGAGAAAAAAGAUCCUAAGACAGUGAAGGGGAACCGAGAGUUGCUAGAUGCAUUACCUGAAAAAAGGACUGUUGAAGAUGGUGGCUAUUCAUCUGAGGAGGAUAAUUCAUCAGCCUACAAGAAGCGCAAACGUAUGGACAAACAUGCUUAUGAGGAAUGGAAAUCUAUUGUCCUAGCAUCAAAUAAUGAAAGUGGCCAAAAAGCUCCUAAACAAAACAAACAAGCCCGGCUCGACUUCAUGAAGAAAGUUCCUGAAACACAAGUGCAAGCUACAUAAAGCUCAAUUGUCAUUUUCAAUUAGACAAAUUUUAGUUGAUUUUUCAAUACAGUAAAGAGAAUGAUUGGGAAGAAACUUCCUUUUGUUUUCUUGAUACCAUAGUUGACUAGAGAAAAACAAAAGAAGGGAAAUUAGAAUGUUUCAUUGAACUUUGAUAGUGGUAGGCCACUACUGAAACUUAAUCACCAUUUGGAUUAAUCUUGCUUAACAGCAAAGUUUCUCUGUAUAGAUAUAAAUUAUUUUUAUUUAAUAAUCACGUCACAUGCUGUUGAUAGUUC